UCUUGUCUGAUUUGUUUGACUUAAACCAUAGCAGGUAGAUUGAGGAACUGUUCAGAAACACUUUCUGUUUGUUUCUUUUCUGGCAGAGAUACUUUGUGUUGGAAAGAGGGAUCCUGAUGUAUGCCAAAGCACCAUCGGAUCUGAAGAAGGGGAAGCUUCGUGGCCGCAUUGACAUAGGGCUGUCUGUCAUGUCCAUUAAGAGGAAAGCCAUGUGCAUUGAUCUAGACACAGGAGACAGCAUCUACCACCUAAAGGUAAAAUCACAGGAUCUGCUUGAUAGUUGGGUGGCUCAGCUGCGUAAUCACCGAGUGUUUCGGCAGAAUGAAAUUGUAAUGGAUCCUCAAGAGAGACAGCUACACCAAGACACCGCCUCCCUCAGAAGGCAAGCUACUGUUUCCAAACAGUCGCCUCUGCUGCUGAAGAACAAUUGGCUUAAGAGUUCAGAAGAAAUGAAGAAAUGUUGUAAAGAACUGUCAGAGUGCGAAUCAUCUCUGCUGGAACUAAAUCUGUUGCUGAAGAAUAUGGAAGUAUUGCAUCGCACUUUCUCUGCUCCUGCCAUAAACACACUGCAGACUGAAAGAAUAAAGAAGGAAAAGAAAGGAUCAAGAAGAUGGAGGUCCAGAAAUAACAACAAAAAUGACAAAACCACAACACAGGUUCCUGGCUCUGCAUCAUCUCUUCUGCAUGUUUCAAACCCAAAUUUACAUUCCGAGUCAUGUCAUCCAGAAACGCAUUUACAAACACCAGACUCACCCAUUGAUGCAUCGCAGCUACAGGAGGACUUCUGCAGACUGGCUGGCUCUGUUUACAGCAACCUGAAGUCUGUGUAUACGUCCCUUUCUGUGGAGAGAGACAAAGUUAAAAGCACAUUGGAAUUAAAGAGCAUCCAUGAUGUGGAUGUGACCGAUCGAACACACUCCCUUUUGCAGCAGGUGUCCAAUGAGAUUCGAGGCUCAAUCCCUGAGUCAUUAUCAGAGUUCUUUGACGCAAAAGAGUACCUGCUGUCUUCCAGCUCCUCGGAAAAUGAGAUCUCAGAUAAUGACUCCUGUAUAAGUGAUGCAAGCGAUAAUGUUUCAGUGGACUUUUGUAACAAUGAGGGAAACAAUGUGGCAGAGAUCGAGAAAGACAGCUCUGAAAGCAGCGUUCUGGCUCGGCGCUCCAGAUUACCUAGUGCGUGCGUGAGCGGAGGCGUGAACGUGUGGAGUAUUCUGUCCUCCAACAUCGGAAAAGACCUCUCCAAGGUUGCCAUGCCUGUCCAGCUUAAUGAACCCAUUAACACGCUGCAGAGACUUUGUGAGGAGAUGGAAUACUGCCACCUGCUGGACACAGCCGCAAACACACAGGACCCGCACAAGCGCAUGGUGUAUGUUGCAGCAUUUGCAGUGUCGGCAUAUGCAUGCACCUUUACCAGAGCAGGAAAAAAACCCUUUAACCCUGUACUGGGCGAGACUUACGAGUGUGAACGUCCAGACAAGGGCUUCCGCUUUAUUUCAGAGCAGGUCAGUCACCACCCUCCUGUGUCUGCAUGCCACUGUGAAUCCAAAAACUUUACUUUGUGGCAGGAUGUCCGGUGGAAGAACAAAUUCUGGGGCAAGUCCAUGGAAAUUAUUCCUAUGGGAACCACACAUAUAGUACUUCCACGAUUUGGAGAUCAUUAUGAGUUGAAUAGGGUCACCUCCUGUAUUCAUAACCUCAUAAGUGGCCAGCGCUGGAUCGAACACUAUGGUGAGAUGACGAUAAAAAACACCACAGCUUCAGCAGAUUCCAGCCUCUGCAAAGUCACCUUCCUGAAGUCAAGGUCCAGAGGCUCAAAUUCUAAUGAGGUGGAGGCGGUGGUUACUGACUCGCAGGGGCAUGUGAUCCACUCACUCUUCGGAAAAUGGAAUGACGCUUUGUACCUUGGCGAUCCACCCUCAGCUAUUUGCAUCUGGAGAGCCAACUCCAUGCCUGAGGACUAUGAGCAAUACUACGGAUUUACACAAUUUACUGUUGAAUUGAAUGAGCUGACUGAGAGUUUGAGACCAUUCCUACCACCAACAGAUACACGUUUUAGACCAGAUCAAAGGUUGCUGGAGGAGGGGGACAUUGCCAGGGCAGAGGAACAGAAAGAGAAGAUUGAGUCACUGCAGAGAGACAGGAGAAGAAUUCUACAGGAGAACAACAGGACCCACACACCCAAAUUCUUCAAGUGGUCUGAAAAUGAAUCAUGGGUUACCAACGACACUUACUGGCACUUAAGGGAAGACCCCAGUUUCAGCAAACUGGAGUUUCCUGUGCUUUGGUGAAGCAAUGAGGAGUUUCCCUUACACUCAUGUGCUCCCUCCCCUCUGCCAUGACCAAAUAUGGUUUUAUUUCUGCACUAGACAAAGGGUAGACUCGUGAAGGGCUUUGAGUGGCCUUCCAUUUACAUUAAAACUAGUUUAUUUACUUUGCACACGUUGGAAUAAGUGCCUUGAUAUAAAAGAAAUCUUGCUACUGCUUGUAUAGAUUUUUCCCUUUCUGGCUCUAACUGCAUUCAUACAGUCAUCUUAUCAAUAUAAAAAUGGAUAGUUGGCUUUUUUAUGGUGUCAGCAUUCAAACACAUGCACAAAUAGAUGUUGGGGUGUCAGUGAUUUAAAGUUAACCAAAGGUUCUCCUUGUAAGGUUGUUUAAUAUAAAGCACAGAUAGACUCCUAACAGAGCCUGAGAAAGUCUGCAGUGUCCUCUAACAUGCUUUUCAUUUUUGCACAACACUUAUGUGCAAAUUAUAAUCUCCAGUUGGCCAGUCUGACAGCAGAAUGAAAGUCUGUUUUUAGUUUCCUCCCCUCUUUCUGCUGCAUUUGUCUGAAUGUCUUUUAAAGUCCACCAGUUAUACAUAACUGUUUAAAAAGCACAAAUCCUUUUUGCUUGUCACCAGCAGGCCAAUAAGAAAGCAGAGGAAUGGAUGAUGGAAAUUUUUCCACUUUUUUUGCUGCAUCAGCAAAGCAUUAUUAGUUGUUUUACAUGUCAUGCAUAGCCAUUGAAAUAGCAGUUGUGUGGCUUCCCACAUACAAGGAGACAUGCUGUGCUCCAAAAAAUUCCAAUCUUGCGCUGUGAAAGGCUAAUCUGUCAUUAUUGUUUAUAAUUCAAAGGGAAACCUUCUGUUGUUCUCAGUGUACUUUAUUGCACUGCGAGGUAAAAUAGAUAGAUAGAUAGAUAGAUAGAUAGAUAGAUAGAUAGAUAGAUAGAUAGAUAGAUAGAUAGAUAGAUAGAUAGAUAGAUAGAUACUUUAUUGAUCCCGAAGGAAAUUAGAGAAUAAUAAUAUUUGUCCUCACUUAAAAUAGCAACCAUAUCUAUUUAUUUUUUUAUAAAAGCUAACUAAAAUAUCACUAGUGCAAAAGCCAGAAAUUUGCCAUUUAGUUUUCCAAAAAGUUCAAUGAAGUGAUAAUAGAAUAACAUGCAACAGAUGAGAUUUAUUAAUUAAGGACAAUGGACAAAAUGAGACAGACUGUACACCGAUAUUAUUAAAAGUGAAAUUCAUUCAAAUGUUUAAAUAUUUAAAACAAAUUAGGAAACAAAAACAUUUUGCAAAUGCAAAUGAUUUUUUUAUGUAGAUUUUAUAACAAUUUUAUUGUAGACCUAUUUGGAUAAUGAACCAUUUAAAUACCUGCUGCAGCACUGGGAUUAAUGUGCUUUGCUAUCACACCAAUAAACUGCAAUACAAUAUUUAAUAAACAGUUGGAAUAUGGUAUUUUGCCUGAUUUUUGCCACCUAAUUGUGGGAUUUUUGCGCUUUUUUUAUUUGCACAAACGCAAACACUAUAUCAGUGGUUUCAAGGCUGGGUGGGGUUCUGACUUUAACCUGUUAAGAAAGAAACUCCAAAUUUACAACUCUCAGUUGUACAAAACAGCUUCUAUGUCAACAAUUUCUGAAACAGCCAUCAGCAUUCUUUCUCAGCUCUGUUUUGCAAGAAAUUCACUUUUUGGUUUUAAAUGAGUAUCAAAUAUAGGUUUGUCAUUUAUCAUGUCUGGUAUUUACAGCACCAGGUUUUGCACUCAUACAGUAUGUUUAUAUAGUCUGUAUGUUUAAAUGUUUAGAUAUGCUUAAAUAUUAUAGCAUAGCCAGUGUGCUUUUCUCUGGACUGAUGAAUUUUUAUUUUUUGUAUAAAAAGUAAUAAUCAUCCAUCUGACGUGAAUUAUAAUGAAAUGGACUUCUAAUAAAACCAU